GUGUGAAAAUCCCUCCUUCUGGUGGAGCUUGCCUAAGGACAUGGGGCCUCCUACUCCCUUCCUACUCACUCACAGAGAAGACACAAAUAAACAUGGCUCUUCCUAGCAGCACAGUGUAUGACUGUAUUGUGAUAGGAGCAGGAAUUCAGGGAUCCUUUACUGCCUAUCACCUAGCUAAAAACAAGAAAAGGACUCUGCUUCUGGAACAGUUCCCCCUUCCUCACUCCAGAGGCAGCUCCCAUGGACAAACAAGAAUUAUCCGCAGAGCCUAUGCAGAAGACUUUUACACCAACAUGAUGGAGGAGAGUUACCAGCUGUGGGCAGACCUGGAGAGAGAAUCAGGCAUCAAACUGUAUAGGCAAACAGGGCUUCUGGUCAUUGCUCCACCUGGCAAUGAAGAAUUUGAAUCGAUAUGUAGAAAUAUGGAACGCAACAAAACAUCUUGGGAAAGGUUCACCAAGGAACAGCUAAUGGCUAAACAUCCCGAAUUUAUCCUGAAUCCCGGAGAGGUUGCUUGUUGUGACAAUAAUGCUGGAGUUCUGUACGCCGACAAGGCGCUGAGAGCUGUACAGGAACAAUUUAAGCGAAUGGGUGGGGUGAUCCAAGAUGCCCAAAAGGUAAAGCAUAUUCAGCCUGGGCAAGUGGUAACAGUGACAACUACCUCUGAUAUCUAUGAAGCAAAAAAUAUAGUCAUCACAGCAGGACCAUGGGCCCAGAAGGUCCUUUCUCCCCUUGGCCUUGAACUACCAUUAAAGACUCUGAGAAUUAAUGUUUGUUACUGGAAAGAGAAAACUCCCGGGAGAUCCGGUCUGCUGCAAAACCUCCCAGCAUUCCUUGGUGUAAAUCUAAACGGAGAAGAGCAUGAAGUCUAUGGACUACCUUGCCAAGAAUAUCCAGGGUUAAUUAAGAUUUGUUUUCAUGGUGGAAAUGAGGCUGACCCUGAGGAGCGGGAGCUUCAAGUUAAAACACCCCAAAUCCCAGACAUCCAGAUACUUUGCAACUUCAUCAGUAAAUACCUUCCCGAUUUGCACCCAAAGCCUGCUGUGAUGGAACAAUGCAUGUAUACGAAUACUCCAGACAAUAAUUUCAUCUUGGAUUACCAUCCUCUUUACAAGAACAUUGUUAUAGGCUCUGGAUUCUCAGGUCAUGGCUUCAAGCUUUCCCCACUGGUGGGGAAGAUAUUGAGCGAGCUCAGCAUGGGGAAGGAGCCUUCAUAUGAUCUUACACCAUUCCGCAUUGCUCGCUUCAAUACCCCAAGCGCAUCUUUGUGAGAUGAA